AUGAACAACGCGACGACCACGGCCAACAUGACGGGCAUCGUCAAGGCCCCUGGCAACGACAGCCAAGGCGGCGGCUGCCUCACGGGAAACCGAAUCCCUGGUCUCGACGACACGCUCCCCAAGCACGGUGCCUUCUUCGCCAGCGGGCUCAGCGACAACGGCACCUACAACGCGACGGCGUGGGCGCUGUGCUGCGCGCGACACCAGGUCUCGCUGGCCCUCUCCUGCUACCCGUACUGCGAGAUCCCACCGGAGAUGCUCGGCAAGGACAAAGACACGAGCCGCAUCGGCCGGGAUAUGGCGGCCUGCAUCGGCGACACGACCCUCACAGCAGUACUGAUCAACCAAGCGCCGACGACUGCGGGGUUGCCGAAGCUAUUGACUGUCGGCAUGAUGUUGGUGUACAUUUUGAUGUAA